AUGGCGACGUUAAAAUUUAAGUUUAUUAUAAGAGACUUAGGUAUUAUAAGAUUUUGGAGUGCAUGGACGCGUAAAUGUAUAGUUAGUUCGGUUGUAAAGAGGUGUAUUCGAGAUCGUGGCUUUAGAGAAGUGAUACAAGUAUUUAAAUAUGCAAUACUUCGACCACGGCGAACUUUAUUCUUAACUGCGACUGCGGCAUACAAGAGCCAUAAUAAUGAUUCUUUUAGCUGCGAUCAAGGGAUUUCAGAUGAUGAACUGCAGGCACUGCUGUUGGAAUUGGAAAAUGUACAGAACCUCACUAAGAUGACACUGUAUUGUAGUGGCUGUGGAUGUCGAGUUGUAAUCGAUAGAAAGCAAGAUGGUGUUAGAUAUUGUAUCUGUAAAGAACGUCAAAUGGAAUGCGAAGGUGCAGACGGCUGGGUGCCCUAUAUGGAGGCCGAAGACGUCAUAAUAUGGCGCAAAGAGUACAAACCGGGGGGACUGUACGCUUAUAAAGUGUACGGACGUUAUCCAGAAAUAUCCGCGAGUGAUUUCGCAGCCGUGCAAAUAGAUGGCGCUUACCGACGCGUGUGGGACUCCGCGGUGGCGGCUUUGGCGGUAGUUCAAAGGAACGCGAAGGGAGUCCCCGGACAGGCGGUGUUGCAUUGGGAAGUUUUGUGGCCGAGGUUAUUUGCAAAUCGCGACUACGUAUAUCUAAGGCGACAUAAAGAAUACGAUAUAGUUACAAAUAUACCAAAAAUAGAAGAGAAAUCUAUUAAAUACGAAAUAAAUGUUCACGCGAAAGCAAAAAGAAAAUCAUUAGAGAGUUAUAAGAGCUUGAAUAAGGAAGAUAAUAUUAAUAACAAAGUAUAUAUAAUUGUAUCGAAAUCGUGCGAGCAUCCAGACGUGCCGGAGACGAAGCACGCGAUACGCGUAGCCGAAUACUGGAGUCAUAUGGUUGUUAAAACAAUCGAUGGGAAUGAAAAGCCGGGUAUGGAGUUUGUAUUAACGUAUUACGACGAGCCGGCAGUGGGCGGGAUGCCCGGGGGCGUGGCGGCGUGGGCGUCCAGCCGCGCCGCACCAGCUUACCUGGACAGGAUGAGGAAAGCUGCAGGGGAGUACAGGACAUGGUUAUCGGGGAGGUCGCCACAGGAAGUACCAGACUUCAUCCCAUUCGGGCCCGACCAAGUAAACAAUGAACUAGCGUUUCAAAUACAGGAACAAGAUAUGGAGUCUUCAAAAGAAGGACCAGAAAUUGAGAAUGGCAUCACAACGCGAGACCAAAGUUCCCAAACCGAAGAGUUUCUUAUACAAAUAUGUAGUACAGAUAAUAAAGAUUCAAACAAAAGUUUGAACGAACAACAAAAUGAUGAAGCUAAAGAAAAAAAUAAUGAUAAUAACAGUGCAGAGAUUAAAAAAGAUGAUAAUGGCAGAGAAAACCCUACAAAUGAUAAAAAGGAGGCAACGUUAGAGGGAGACAACGAUAAAUGUGAAGAAGAAGAGAAUAAUGGCGGAUGGUGGAGAUAUCUAUAUCCUUUUUAUUACUUCGUU